AUGAGGAAUGCCGAUUUGCACAUCAUCGCCAACACUAAAGAGGAGCUGACCGCCCUUCCCAUGGCAGAGUACUUGGACGCUUUGGGCUUGCCAAAGCUGCUUGUUGAGAAGGAUGCCGCAAACAGAGAGCAGUGGCAUGUGCUUCUGACAAGGGCCGACUAUGCAUCUUGUGAUUCGAUUGGAGAUUUGGCGACCCUGGACCAUUGGAUGCCAGUGUGGAGAAGUACUGCAGAUCGUGUGGACAAAGAAGUUGAACAUGUUGAGCUGGAAGCCAAACGGCAGAUUAAGCAGACAAAGGAUAAGAUCCUGGAAAUCUAUGAAACUGGUGAGGGCGAAGAGGAUGGCUCACUGGAAGAAAUGUUGACCAACUUGCGAGAGCAAGGAAACAGACAUGACGCUUUUCUUAGCCUCAUGAAGCGUGUUGCAACCAUGGCUCCUGGUGAUGCUGAUGCAAGCGGAGACUGUCAUUGGCUAACACGUGAAGCCGUGGCUGAUGGCAACUGUGGGCUUUGGACUAUCAUGGCCCUGGACAGUCGUGGUCCAGAUAUGUCUCUGACAGUUGACUCCCGAACCUAUGACCAAAUGCUGACCAUGAGGAGAACUCUGUCUGACGCGUGGGAUCAGGUGUGUGAUGUGAGUGCUUGGCAAGAUUUGUACUCAGCUUUCCCUUCUGCUCCAGAGGUCAAGGAGCUGAGGUUCAGCAGGAGCGGGGUGUUGAAACAGAUCAAGCAUGAACAUUCUUCGCAGAGCUCCUCAUAUGCACCACCUUUGUUCGCAAGAGGCAGAGCUGUGGAAUCUAUGGAGGAGAAAGAGAAGCGCUUGCGCGCUUGUGCCACACCAGCAAAAAGCAAAGCAGAGUUUACCUCUCGUUCGGGUGGGUUCAUACCACAAGAUUUGAAAAAGGAAACAGAUCAAUCAGAGCAGCCUGGAAAGCGCAAACUGCACAUUUCCCAGCCUUUGCCGGUAGUCAUUCCAUCGCGUGCACAGUUGAAGAAAGAGACCCUGGUCAAGAAGCAGAUUGAGGUGAAGGUUGAACAGAAGCUUCCUGAUGAUCAACCUCCUGAACCUCGUCCUGGCCGUGGAUCCAAACGGCCUGCCAAAGAAGAACCAGUUGAUGAUGUUGCUGGAGGAGUUGGAGAAGAUGGAGAAGUGGCUGCAAAGCAUGCAAAAACCACUCGACAGUAUCGCAGAAAGACCGCAGAGGAGAAAGCAAAAAUGCACACCGAAGCUGCUUUGAAAUCUGUCUUGGCAGAGAAGUUCAAUUUGUGUUAUCGGGGAUGGCAUAUAGCUCACAGUACCGGCUCACAAAUCAAAGGUUCCGCUUCCCAUUUGUGUGAUGGAGGGGGUUGGGUGAAGAUGCUGGAUGGAUUUCUGGAUAGGACACUGCCUACCUGUCCAACAUGUCGGCAACUACUCGAUUCCAAAGGCAUUUGUCUUGACAGCUUUGACGACAUCUUCUUGCAGAUGGAGUCUUUCCACAAGAUUUCUGUGAAAUCUGCCAGCCAUGCAGCUGAUGAUGCCGCCCUAGCUGCCCUAACCGACGAUGCCGCGGCCAACAAUGACGAUGAUGGUGAUCUCAAGGAGCUGCCGAAGAAGCGUCAGAAGACUGACGUGGCUGCCAUAGUUCGUGGUAUGGCCCCGGACUUUGAGUUUCGGGAUCCUGGAUUUCACGGAAAGCGCAUGCCCGUGCAGUGCCACCUUUGCUCAAGUUACCGUGGCACAAUUUCGCUUAUUGACCUCAUUGACGGCUUCACCACUACGCCGCUCAAGCAGCACUUAUCUUCUCAAUGUCAUCUUCGAUGUGUGGCAUCCAAGACGACGAAGUCUGCUUCUCAAAGUGACAGUGGCCCAAGUGCAUCCCAAACAUCAGCAUCAUCAGGGCCUAAAGAGCAUGUGGAUCUUGAGCAUCAUGAGGGGGAUGAUGAUCCUGUUGUGGUUGAUGGUGGUGAGGGAGUACUUGUAGCAGUUGAGCAAGGCAGAUGCAUGGCAUGGUCGCAAGUGCAUGCGCCCAGCACAGACAAGCUCAGCAAAUUCCAGGAGACUUUAUGCACAUAUGCCAGGCUGAGUUUGCGGCCAUAUGCAGCAGACACUCUUUCGGCAGAGGGUUCUCUACACGAAUACCAGGUUGACCUGAACACCAUGAAUGUGACCAUCAGGCACCGGAACUGCACUGGUUUCGCGAACAUCCCGCCUGCUUCUCCAGAGCGGCCAGUUUGCAAACUAUGUGAAGGUAUUGGAAAAGACCGCUAUGUUCUCAAAACACUGGUCAAUUUUGCCACCAAGUAUGCAGCUGCCUCCCUGUUGCGCAUCAAGCUCUUCUUUCCAGACCGUGAGCCAGAAGAGAUUAAGAGGUUGAAGAGCAGUGAUUUCUACGUUGCUGGCACCACCAAGGACCUCGACGCAAUCUGCCAAGAGUCAAUAGAGCUAUUGCAGCGACGUGUUCGGAGCGGCUUUCUGUGCAUUCCUGUGCGGAGCCAAUCAAAGAACAUGAGGGAGUUCAUUUCCUGUGUUGUGAAGCCAUCCUUGGAGAUCAACCCACAUGACUGGAACAGUCAAGUUGCGAUGAACUCUCGGAACAUAGCUCAGAGGUUACAAAGCCGGACUUUAAGCAGUGUAGAGGAUGUCGAGCUCAAGAUGGCCUGCAAGAUAGCCAAUGGCACCCUUCGGAACAACGCUGUCCUGCAAGGAUUGCUUUGCUCCCUGAUAGAGUUCAGUGAGCGUCAGUCGAGAGGCCUGUCAACUAUGAGACAUCUCAACCUUUCUGAUGUGGAGAUGGAUCUUAUAUCCGAAGCGGGAGUGACAUUGUCAUUAGCUGCUGGCAACAAACAGCUGCUCAAAAUGUUUGGGUUGGCAUUCAAGGGAGCCCGGACAAACUUGUCCAAACUUCACUCCAUGGGUUUGCCAGACCCCUUUAUGGCAAACUUGUCUGAUGAAGUGCUGGCCCAGAACGCUUUGCUGAUUGACUCGUUGUGCCAACGUGUUAAAGGUGCACCAAGACGGCACCUGGCACUGGCCUUUGACAAGACCUAUUUGCUGAAGUCCUUGGAUGUGGUCAAGAAUAGGUUGGGCAAGAUUUGGGUGGGAUCGGCUUUCGAGGUUUUUGAAUGCAAGCGUGCUGAUCGUCAGCUGGGCCAGUCAAGAUACAUCCCAUUGCGUGAAGAUCCUGAAGAUGAUUCAGGUCAAGAUGGUGUGGUUGAUGGACAAAAGGUUCACAAGGCAGAUGAAGUGCUGGAGUUUCUGGUUUGGGACCCUUGCAGCACAAUCAAGGGCAGGCCACGCUAUCCAUUAUGCACCAUCCCAUGCCGCUACGAAUGCUCCGGAUUGGAGAUGCUUCAUAUGGUUGGAUCUGUGCUGGAGAGUGGGGGAGACUAUGUGGCCAGCAUAGUAUGCGACAAUCACGGGAGCCACCGCUUCAUCAAGCAGCUGCUCUUAGGCCAGCGCACAGGUCUCUCCGAAAAGGAUUUGGCGGAGGUGCCUUUCUUUUCCAAAUUCACCUACAAAGAGAUGCCGGACUCUGCAAUCAGCAAUUUGUGCUACUCUCAGCCAUUCAUCAAUGGUGAACCCUUUUUUGGGUUGAACGGUCCUUGCCACUUGCAGAAAAACCUUUGCUCGGCCAUGAGAGGGGGAAAGCAGAUAUACAUUGGAGACUUUUUUGUAGACACGCAGGGCUUGUUGGAUUGCGAGCUCCCUCCAGCAUCAUUUUGUGGCUUCGACGCUCAGUCCGAUCUGCUGUGUGCACUGCUCUUGAGCCCCUGGCACUAUGUUUGCGACAUACCUGCCACACUUUCGGAAGUGAAAGUUCCAUGGUGUUUGAGGGGCGCAAUGCUUCUCAAUUUGACCAUGGCCAUGGGCCAGGCGGCUGCAACUCAUCCUGCCCUGACUCCACUGCAGAGGGCUGAAAGUGCGAUGACGUGCUUUGCGAUGAUCGAUAUGUGUCAGAUUUUGGCCAAUGAUCGGUGUGUCUCCCAGGGUGUAAAGAAAGGAAGCUUCUUUUUGCACAAAACAACGUGCAAGAACUACCAGGAAUUGUGUGCGUUCGUCAUCAUGCAAUGCCUGCACAUUCCGGAAGGCUUCAAGUAUAGACCCAACAAGAUGACAGAACUGACCUUGGAGCAAUGGUUUGGGCACAUCAGAAGCCAGUAUGUUUCAUCACAGGUAACUGUCCGUGACUUCCUUUAUGGCAGCAGCAAGAAGAUGCAAGGAUACUUCGAGGCUGCCAAGCAUGCCAAGCUGGAGUGUCCGGUUCCCAUCCGAGAGUAUGACAAGCCAAUCACCGAGGAGGAGCUAAGUAGUUUAGAGUAUCGAGCUUGCGCACAGCGGGCCUUGAUGUCAGCCAGCCAGUUGCUUUCCCUGUGCUCGCGGCACCCCAGCGCCCAACUUGUCCGUGCGCAGAUGGCUGCGGCGGCAGAGAAGAAUGCAAAGAGUGCCUUGGCAGAUGCCUUAGGGUCUCCGCAGAGAAACAAUGAUUUUGACCUGGACGAAGAAGACUCCGACAUUGAUGAUGUGGGUGAGGAGUUGGCGGCAGACUUGACAGCAGACGAUGUUGGUGGUGAUCAGGAGGCCUACCAGAUCUUGAAGCAAUUGCAGUCACGGGAGAUGGAGGCUGCAAGCGAAGAUGGCCCGCUCACAGCUGAUAUAGCUGAUCGCAGUGAUCAAACUGUCCCUACUGUUGUUGCUGAUGGAAAUGCGUUGGGUCAGGCCGGAGGUAGACUUGCAAAACGUGUCAUCACCAUUCCUGAUCAUGCUGAUUUGAUUUGGCUACGUGAUGCCGAUGAUCGUGACAAACAGAAUGAUCAGAAGGGUGGUGAGGAGGAUCCUAAGGAUCCUAAGGAGGGCAAGGAUCAGACUCGCAAAUCGCACAAAUCAACACACAGCUUCCUGUCAGACAGAAAUCCGGUAACAUUGAGCCAGGUGCUCGAAAAGUUUCCGGUGGAUUCCCUGUCUUCAGUUGACCCAUUGCUUCCGCAUCUGUGGCAGCUUCUUGCAACUCUUCGGGAUGGUUGUGACCGCUAUGUAUUGCCGAAACCCAAGAAUUACCGGCGCUCGACCAAACAGCUGAAUUGGUUUCAGCUCAUGGAAUCAGAGGCAGCUAAGCUUCGCCAGCAGAAUGCAAGCCAAGCAAAGAGGACCAGCCGGAUUGCCGCUUGGUGUGCGCUGGCUGCUUCCCUUUCGAAGAAGGUCUCCAAUGGCAAAGUUCCAGUGCCUGAGACAAUGGAGUCAGGUUCCAUUGUGUUGGUGCUCCCAGUCAAUGGACACCGUGGAAAGCAAAGUGAUUGGCGCGUGGCUUGUGUGAUGUCUGUUUGGCGAUGGGCCAACAAAAAGAGAAAGCCAAGUCAUAUUCCAGUGCCAGUUGCUGCAGUGCAUUCGGUGCGAUGUGUGCUCUUGACCCCCAAGGAGGAUUCGCCAGAGGGAACUUUUGAAGCCAACAGCAGGAGUGACGCAGUGGUGCUGAAGCAAGAAAGAAUCGGGCUCCAACUCGGGACUCAGGGGUUUCAACGGUUGUUGGAAUCCAUCGUCGUUACCCUGACAGAUGAUGCACUGGAAGCAGUGCAAAAUGCACAUGAGUUUACACAGUGGAACGUUCUUCUGCAAAAGGGUUUGGCAGCCAAGACAGCUGUAGAGAAGCGAUCGGGAUCAGGUGCAGCCAACUCAAAACAUGCCAACUCAAAACUUCCAGAUCUUCCAGCAGCUGAGGCUCAGGUAGCUGAUGGUAAGGACGGUGCACCCAACAAACCCACCUCUCAUCCAUCUGGGAAGGCAGAUCAGGUAGAGCAUGCAGAGAAUCCCCGGCCUUUGAAGAGUCAGAAAAUCGCAGCUGUCAAGAAGAUCCAGGCAGAGAUGCAGCAGGAUGAGAAAGCAAAACGGAUGGCAGAGACAGAGAAGAAACACGACAGCAUGCCAACUACAGCGUUCACACGUUCCAGAGCAGGCCGCGCCAACAUCAUGUUCCAGGUGAACUCCCUUCUCGAGCUGGACAUAAAGACUUUCCCGGGAAAGCCUAUGCUGAAAGGUGGCAAAAUGGUGAACACAGGCAUGGCCUGGAAGGAUUUGGUUCACCGCUCUCCUGAAUACUUCUCGAACCUUCUGCUGAAAGUGAGGAGCCCAGCAGAGUUCUCGAAGCAGGAGGCAGAGCUCUUAGCACAAGAGUUUUAUCGAGUCUCCAAUCUCUACCAGAUCCUCUCAGUGCCCUCGUUGCGGAAGAUCUACGACCAGGGUGGCGUGGAAGGGCUCGCCAUGCGAGUCCCAGCUCUUUCCAAGGGACUUCUUGAGCCUGAGCGAGUUCUGAAAAUGGCUCAAGGCAUCAAGACUCCCACGAAGCAGCGGGAAUCUUUGCUCCUUCGUCGAGAACCUCGGAUCAAGACCUUCCGGCGAUAUCAGGGCAAAAACUCCAUCCGCCAAGUGUUGCGCCGAAUCACGGACUGCAUCCGGGUGUGGUGUUUUAAGAGUAGCGAGAGCCUGAAGUUCCGGAAGAAUACCAUCUACGAGGAGCUUCCAGAGAUCGCAGUCUUUGGCCGUGUGAAUGCCGGGAAGUCUGCGAUGCUGCAGCACCUCUUCAGCGCCACAAGUCCUCGGAAGAAUGGUCAUUUCUCCAUAGCACAAAGACCAGGCAAGACCAAGGGCAUCCAGGUCUACUGCCUCAAUCGCCGCUUUACAGUGGCCGACAUGCCGGGCUACGGCCGGCCCGGGCCAACGGAAGAUGCGAUGGCCGUGCACCAGAAGUGGACGGGACAGUGGAAACACGUGAUCCAGGACUAUUUGAAUACCACCUCUUGGUUAAGAGCUGCCAUCUACGUGCACGAUAUCUCCAAAGAGGUGGCUCCGUUCCUCGUACGACGUGUCGGGUGA